UUGUUUUGAUCCGCGUUUGUUUGGCUCUAUGCGAUCUAGUGCGAAAGAAUUUGUGAAGUAGGCAACACGCUGAAGUUUUCCAUUUAAGUUUAUAUAUUUUUCACUGGAUUUAAUUUAGGCAAGAUUCGAUUACUUUGCAUUUGGCAUCGUGACUCAGCAGUACACUCGGCCCCGUCCUGUUCGUACCUGUCGGAGGCAAUCUGGUAAUGAGGCAGGAAAUAAGCGGGAAAAUAUGGUCAGCGGUAGCAAACAACAAAACAAAUCGCGCUUUUUGGCCAUUUUCCGUUGUAAGCUUCCUAAGUCACUUCAGUUUUUCAGCGUAUUGUUGUAAUAACAAAAGAAAAUCAAGUGCCGUUCUAAUGGAUGUGACAUAAAGCAUCGUCUUUUCGUUCACCAGUGGCUUCAAAAUGGUAUAAAUCAUGCGAGAUGGCUACGAGUGACUGGAGUUCCACUUACACAGAGGGAGGACGCUCGGCGAGCGCUUCGAUUUCUCCCAUUCCUGUAUCAACGGGCUCUCCGCCUGACAGUGGUAAUAGUUCGCCAAAUUCUCCGGCAUUUGCUCAAGAUAGUAUUGAACAAGCUGACGAAAUGGAUGUGGUGCCCAGGAACAAUGACCAAGUGGCAGAAUACGAAAAUGAAAUUCGGGAACUUAGAUGGCAACUACAGAGGUUGCAAGAAGCUGGAAAUCUAAUGGAUUACACAGAUUCUAAUGAGCUGAGGCGUAAACUUGCUCAAGGUGAAGAAGAGCAGGCAGACAAAAUCAGAGAAUUUAAUGAAGAGAUUAUGGGGCUACAAGGUCAAGUGGCCAAACUCCGAUCCACUGUGGAGAAGGGAGAGGCAAACAGACAGAAGCUGGAGUAUGAUCUUACCAUCGCAAACAGAGUAGCCAAUCAGGAAAAGAGAGCAGCAGCAGAGAGGGAGAGUGCUCUUCAGAAGACAAAUGCUAGUCUCAAAGAAAACAUCACUCAGCUCAAGAAACAGUUACAAAAUGUUGAGGAAGCUUUGGAAGCAACAAGGCAAUCCAGCAAGAAUGAAGAACACAAGUCUAAUCAACUACUUGCAGAAAAGGAAAAUAUGAUUCUCCAACUCACAAACCAACUCCAAAUUGAGGGAGAAGAAAAAAGGAAGCUGCAUGUUGUGAUUGAGGAACAAGAGAGUUUGUAUGCUGAGCUGCAAGAAAAGUGUUCUUCCCUUGAAACCCAAAGAUCAAGUCAAGGGGAGACUUUACAAAAGCAGCAAAGAGACUUGGAGUUCUAUUCUGAGAAGGAAGAAAGAUUAAAGAAAGAAAUUGAGCAAUAUCAAGAACGCAUUAAGUCACUAGAGGAAAGCAUUGAAGCAGAGAGGGCUGCGCACUUAGAGACGAAGUUUAACUCAGAGAUCAUUCAGUUAAGGGUAAGAGAUCUUGAAGGUGCCUUGGAGGUUGAAAAAUCAGCAGUAGAUGAAGCUAAACACAACUUAGACACACUGACAAAACAGCACAGGGAGCUUGAAACAGCUUUUGAAGAAGAAAGAGACACCUGUAAAGCAGAGAAAUCAAAAGUGGCUAGUUUAGAGGAGAGUCUCUCUACAGAAAGAAAGAAAUUACAGGAAGAAAUAGAUGAAAAACUGAAGAUCAUCACGGACUUGUCUAAACAACUGGAAGUACAUCAGAAGAACUUUGAUGCCUUGAAAAGUGAACUCGGCCAGGCGAAGAAACGGCAAAUUCAGCUGGACACAACCUAUGGAAGUAGCAUGCGUGAGCUUGAACUGCUCCUGGACAAUUUUCAGAUUGAAAAACCAGCGGAACACAAACGACAAGGUCACAAGAAAGAGAAACAGAAGGCUCUGUCACCAGCUGCCGUGUUGGAGAAUCUGCGUCACACACUGGUUGAUUAUCAGAACAGAUGCUCUAAUGCCUCAGUUGAGUUAAAAAGGAUGAGAGAGGUUGUGGAGAAACUGUCAGCGGACUGUGAACAUUACAGAGAAAUGGUGACCAGCAGAGAAAAGGCUAUGAAAGAGGCGGAGAACGCGGUGGCCUCUAAAGUUAAAGAGCUUGCCAAGUCACGCACUGAAUGCGCAGAGAAGGAAGCCACAAUAGCAGCCAUGAAGAUUGACAUACAAACAUUGAACAAGGCCAUAGAAGACGCCAAAAACAAAGUUCAAAACUCAGAGGAAGAGAACAUUAAAGUGAAGAGCGUCUUAAAUCGUGAAGAUGAGACUCAUCGCAUGUUCCUGCAUUCCCUGUACCAGCGGAUGAUCACCGGACAGGUGUAUGUCUCGUCACCAGACUCCUCCGCUCUGUCCAGAUAUUCCUGGUCAGACAUGUGUAACCUGGUGUCAGAGCAACUGUCAGCUCAACUCAGCGAGCUAAACAGAGCUAACGAGAGGAUUCAGCACCUUGAGAGCGUGUUGUUGAGCAAAGAGGAGUCACUUCGGCAUGCACAGGAGGCACACGAACAAACAGUGACCAAACUCUCUACGGCCAUCAAAGACCGCGAAGUUUCGUGGAAGAAACAAAAGAGUGAGAUAGAGGAACAUUACAGUAACCUGAUCAAAGAUCUCCAUACCAGAACCCAGAAAACACAGUCUUUGGCUGACCAAGCGUGGGAAAGGGUUCAAGAAACAGGACAAGUCAAAGAUACGCUGGAAAUGGAAAACGCUCGACUUCAAUUAUCGUUGGAACAAAGUCAAAGAAGCGAGUCGUCGUUGUUAACUGUUUGCGCACUGCUCGCAGGCGCCUUAUGGCCUGCGUUUGGACGAAUACGAGCUUUAGCCUCUCAACGGAAGAUUUUAUCCGAAUAUUCAAGAACUUUAGAAUCUCUCCGGGAUCAGUCGAACACUUUAGGCGAAAUGCUAAGUAACGAAAUGGAAGGUGAGAAGCGGGAAAAGGAUGAAUCCCGCACGGCCAAGAAGCAACUUCUGAGGGACGGGCGGAGUCCUGUCUUAGUGUUCAGAGUCGGUGUUAUAGCCGUUAUUGCAGCUAACAGACUGCGUUAUUUUGGAUCUUGUAGUUUAAAAUUAUUCGUGUCGUCCGAGUCUCCGGGUGAGUUUAGCGGAAUGUCCACUGUGUGCUGCGGAAAAACAUCCAAGAAGACGGCAGACUUUAAGGGUCUUGCUGGUGGCCAUACACGAGAAUCCAUUUCCGGGGACACGUCACGUGCAAGUGUCAGGGUGACGUCAGCACAGGCGUGGUUCACCAGCUCCCAGCUACGAAGUCACCUGACCAGUGCCGUGAGCGAGUUACAGUCUGCUCUGAAUAGGAUGAACGAGGCCUGGGAUGGAGAUUCGGGGCGCGAUGACCGAGAUGGCGGAAGCAGGGCGCUUAGUCCUUCAUCCGGGAACAGUAUAAUUGCCGCAGCCAGGAACGCAUAUAGUAAAAUCAUCUCCGGUCUUCAAACGGAAUUUUCUGGCCGGGUGAUAGGCGAAGAAGCUUGGCACGAGAGAUACUCUGGGUUCAGAGGAGAGCUGAUGGCGCUGUUAGGCUUGGGUCUACAGCAGUGGUUAUCCAAAGGUCCAUCUACUGGAUUGGCGUAUAUCUCCAGUCAGCGAACAAUUAGUGCUCUUCAGAAUCACAUCCUGGGCUUUACUCAGCGCCUUCACUCAGCCGAGGUUGACAGACGUUCAUUGCGUCUUGAACUCUCAAAAAGCAAACAAGAGACUUCUGAGCUAAAGAGUGCCCAGUCUUCCGCUGAUUCACAGCAUCGUAAGGCAAAGGAGGAAGCGCGAGGUCUGGAGGAAAGACUUCAGGAGAUGAAAGAAGAGAUGUUAUCCAUGGUCCCUGUGGCUCGUUUUGAAAAUAUUUGCGAGGAGCUCAACAAUGCCUUGAAACGGGAACAACAGGCCCAGGCCCUGCUUAACGAGCAGACGGCACAGAUGCAAGAGAUGGGCGAGCGCCUGGAACUUCAUACAAAUCAGGGUGAAGAAAAGGACGUGACGCUCGCAGAAGCUGUCAAGGGUCUGACUGAAGCCAAGAUGGAGCUUCGUCGUAAAGAACACGCCGUCCGCCAGGUCUCAAAACAGAUGACUUACAUGGAGAACGAGAAGAACGCUUUAGUAGACAGACUGAACGAUGCUGAGAAAACCAUGACGGCUGCAGCUAGAGAAAAAGAAGCCUUGAUGGGUUAUUUGAAGUCAGUCGACCGGGCCCUGGAACAGAGUAAAGAUCAAGUUCGGCUCUCGAAGGGUGCACUGGGACCGUACGAACAAUCUCUUCCCCAGAUUAUCCUUCCGGACGAGCGGUUAGCCAUGGACGGGUUAAGCCUGAGCCCCGAAUUACUCUCCUGCCAGCACGUAGUUACAUCAUUUAUCGAGUGUCAGCAGCAGGCAUUGGAUCGUAUUUCCGAACUUGAAGUGGACAAGCAGCAGGCCAUGUCACGCGUGGCGCACUUAGAAGAGGAAAUCAUGUCACACAAGGCACACAUAGCCACACUGAAGAAUGAGCUAGCAGCUGCCUGCAGGAGACCCAUGAGUGAUGACGGGCUCAGUGAUCAUGGACAUUACAUUCCUGGCGCGGAAGGUUAUCCCGGGAAGGACGCAUCGCUUCAUCGCUUUUCAGAAUACAGAGAUGACGAUAACUUAAAGAGCUUCAUUCCUUUAUCGGCUCAUCGUGAUUCAAGCGCAUCUUUCAGACCCUCGUUAGCUUCGACCAGCGGUCAUCCGGACAGAAGCAAAGGCAGCUAUGGCAGUCCAAAGAGACGCUUAACAUCAAGCUACAGAAAACAGGGAAAACAACUUGGACAAGAUUUUUCUAAAUUACUCGAUCAAGGAUUGUGACAGCUAAGGGAAAGACCAUGUCUCUCCGUUCAGCAGCCCAUUUAGUCAGCGUGGUCUUACAACUGUAGAGAGCUACGAGGCAACCAUUACACUUUCUCCUGACAUCUCAAUGUACAUAGUGAUAAUUUCUGUAAAGAUUUGCUGCUAGGUUUUCUUGAUCUAUUCAUUAUGUCUCUUACGUGCCCUGAUUUAGUCGUCAAGCGUAAAAAAAGGUUUUGAUUCCGAGAGGUUUUUUUUCAAGAGUAAACGUAUUUAUUUGUACUCUAGAUUCUGGAAAUUAUGUUCUCGCUAAACUAUCCAGGGGCUCGUUUUGCGAAGGUCCCGAAAAGUUUUUGCACCCGGAAAGCCGUAAAAAAAUCUCAAACCUUAUGAUUACAGAGCUGU